AUGGUGGCGAUUGACUCUCUUGAUGUCUCUUCAAAUGUCAAGACCCUGCUGAAGGAGAUCGACGCGGAAGGAAAUGGUUGUGUAGACGAUGAGAACGUGGCCGACAUGCUCAGCGUCAUGAGGACGAUGAAACAUGUCUUUGGCAGCAAAGGCAGCAUGUCCCACUCUGAGGUCCAGAACGGCUUGGGCCUGUUGCAACGCUUGGUGAAAGAGAGGGCAAUGAACUCUGAAGAGAUGUCCUAUGGGCACAUGCCCGACUGCAUCCAAGAAGUCAUGAAGGAGUGGGAUAUCGAUCGUAGUGGAAGCGUCAAUGUCAUUGAGCUUUCCGCGGCGGCCAAGGCGCACAAGAAGGUCAAAGAGGAAGGUCGGAUGAUGAGGAAGAUCAUUUUGGUCCUUUUUGCGGUGAUUGUCCUUCUGCUGGUGGGGAUGUUUGUGAUGUCCUACAUUGCGGUGGACAUGGCCAAGGAGAUGCGUGGCACCUCCGACGGCGUCAUGCAGAACGGCGACGGGGAGACCGUGAAGGUUGCCAGUUCUGCCUUUGAUGUUCAAGCUGAUGGCACAGUGGUGACGCGUGGCCAAACAACCGCCACGUGCCCAGAAGGCACCACCUGCCGCCGGCUCGAGAGCAGUUCCAAUGUGCUUGAGGUGGCUGAAUCGACGCCCGGGCGACGCUUGAGUUCAACGGUGCCCGAUGACUACUUCAAGACCUUGAAGCAUGUGACCUUGAAGGAUGGUGACAAGUUCUUGCAGGUGACUGUGAAUGGCAUGAAGCGCGUCCUGAUGCGCUCCAGCCGCUGUGGUUCAGUGGUGGAUUUGGAAACCACGGAGGGAGUUCUCACCCUGGAUGACUACAUCCUCUCUGCUGAUGAAGCCUUUACCUCCUUCUUGGCACAGGCCGGCAUGCCCAACAUCUUAGAUGGCGAUGGUCUUUUUGGGCGCCGGUUGUCCGAGAACUCACUCCUGGAGGGCUUCUUCGGGAAGUUGAAGGAUGUGGAGUGGCACUGCGAAAGCGUCCCAUUGCCAAACCCCGAGGACAUCCCUCAGAACUACUAUGCCAAACUCCAUGUGACGCAGGAUGUGGAGGGAGGUGAGAUGAUGAACUCUACCAUUGUCAGCACUCUAUUGCUUCCUGGCAUAGUGCUGGAGAAUGGCCGCUACGUCAAAAAAUACACCGAAGAAGUGCUUCAGACUUCCAGCGUCACGGUGAAAAAGCGGCAGUUUGCCAUGCACCCCUUGCAACAGCAGCUGUCCAUCGGAAGGAAUGGUGCCCAAGCGAGGAUGGAACGCAUGGGUGAGAUUGGAUACGGCUGCGUUGCGGGAUUGCCUCCGAAUCUGGAUGUGGCUGGCCUCAUUACCAAGGCCUCGGGGAUCAGCUUGGUAGGCUUCACCAAUGAGGGAGGUCGAGUCCUUCGUCAGUGGAGGUUGCAGGUGGAGUCUUUACCCACGGAUGCCUUGACCCAGCUGCUCAGCCAGUCGGGCACGGUGCCCAACAUGACCAUCGACUACUUCGACGUGGACACCGAUCCUACCGGCUCCUUUGAGUCCGGGCAGCCCUACCGUGUCCAUGCCUUUGCUCCUUCCGGUGGACGGCCGAAUGUCACCCUUCAAUACGCCGAGAUCUCCGAGGUGUCUGACAUGGACCUGGCAGGGGCCUUGAGCUACUUUGGCGUCACCAAGCUAGCAGCUGACUGCGAGAAGGAUGUCUUCGUGGCAGGCAAACAACCUUUCAUCACUUUGGCGGAGGAGAUCAAUCAGUUGGCCCGGGCGGAGAAUCCGCAAAAGGUGCCAAAGAUUGAUGCUUGGGUGGAACAUCCAGCAGUGGUGUCCUACAAUGCCGGCCUCCUCAAGGACCUGGUGGCCAGCAAUGCACAGCACCCCGCCCUGGACCUCACCCGCGGAUCCACCUAUUGGGAGACGAUGGCGACCUUUUCUUCUCCGGGAGACGAGGUGACAGGCGGGCAAUCGGACGAAGAGUAUGACAUCUUGCUGUUUGGUUACUCGUUCUCUGUAAAAGUGACUCAUUGUGCUUCCUCAUGCAGUUCUAGCUUACCCGGUGGCCGGAGCACUGUGACCGUGACCGUGUCUGUGGCCGCCAAGAAUUUAGAUGGCGUCCUGGAGAUUUCGGAGGCCUCUCGGGUGGGUGGAAGAGCUAAGAGCUGCAUGACAGGCAGUUACACCAUGAAUCUCGGAGGCCUUUGGCCACAGGACUUUGACAUGGGCACCCAGUUGUGUUUGAUCGAAGACUUUGACGAUGUGGUCCUGAGCAUGCUUAACUAUCCCAAGGCAGCCACGACAGAAGAUGUGGAAGUGACGGUGGGGCAACAUGGAAGCACAUCGAUUGCCAAUCCAAACAGCCGUCGCUUGUACUCUAGCUGGUAUUGCGGCAAUAUUUAUUGUGACAGUUGGAAUGGAUGCAAUAACAACUGCGGCAGCAGCUGCAAUGCCUAUUGCUGCCACUACGAGUGGGAGUGCAACAGGGCAAAGUGGGGCUCCAGCAAUCCUGGGUGGGUAUCAUCGGCCUACAACACCUGCAUGAGCCGGUUUUGCUACGGUUCGUAUCGCUAA